UUCUUUCAUUCGCUGUCUACGAUCUGGUUUAUUCCUGAGGAAUUUCGUACGACGGAAGUAAGCGUAGGUCGCUGGUAAAAAUGGCUGUGGGAGGUCAGUGAACAAUUGCUUAGUGCUGGUACCAGGGUGUGAAGAGACAACCAGUUCUCAAUAAUGAACAGGGGGAGAGUAAGAUGGGAUGAGGCAAAUCUGGUGGAAAAUGAAGCAAAUAAGCCUGUACGACAGAAAAUCACUGAACCAAAGACUCCAUAUCACCGCAUGGUAGAUGAUGAUGGUUCUCUGUCCCCUAUCCGUGGCAGAUUUGACGAGUGUGCAGGUGAUGUGAUGCAUGCCGAAGAGUUAAGGACUGCUCUGAAUGAUGUGGCCUCCUCAAGUAGAAACUCCACAAGGAAACCUAGUGGCUGGACUUCAUCUGAAGAUGAAGCUGAUCCUAUGGAGCAAGAUGGAGAUUCCAAAUCAGAUAGAAGUGCAAAUUUCAGGAAGCACAGGCGAGCACACUACAAUGAGUUUUUGAAGGUCAAAGAACUGCGAUGCAAGGGUUCAUUCCUCGAGGAUGAAGACAAUGAUGGUGAAGAUAAAGAGGGGAAAUGUGAUUCUUCUUCAUCCUUAAGCCCUGGAGUGAGAGAUAUAGACAUCAAAGAAGGUAACUCAACUUCACCUCAACAAUCUGCUUAACAUCCAGCUAACGGUGUUUAGAAGCCACCAAGGGAUUCUGACGCACAGUGAAAUUCUCACUCUCUUUCUCAAACUGGUUGCUGUUCUAGCAGAUAAAACAAUUAUCUGAUCGCUAUUUGGGCUUCUGCAAAUGAUAGUAUUUGUGCGUGUACACUCCCUCACUUGUCUCACAUUGUUGUGAUCAAUUUGCAAAUAUUUUUUUUUCAAGGAUUUAAAGGAAAUAAACGUAACCUUUUUUUGUGGAUUA